GUGUUAUUACUUCGAAUACUUUUUAUUUCUUACUCUCUCACUUCAGGGACUCCUAUUACUUGUAUACCAGGCUACUUGAAAUUGUCCACAGUGUACUGGUGCUCUUUUUGAGUUUUCCAAUUAUUUUCUCACUGUUUAUGUUGAUAGUUACCGCUGCCAUGCCUGUAAGUACACUAAUCUUUUUUUCUACAACAUUUAAUCUGCUCCUACUACCAUCCAGUCUUGUUAUUGUUUUUCUGAGACAUUGUAGUUUUCAUCUCUAAAAUUGCACUUUGGAUCUUCUAUCUUUUAUAUUUCUCCCUAACUUCUUAAAAAUACAGUGAUAAUAACUGUUUUAAUUGCUUUCUCUGCCAAUUCUAACAUCUGUGUCAGUUCUCGGCCUGUUUUGAUUGAUUGACUUUUCUCCUCAUUAUUGAUCAUGUUUUCCUCCUCUUUGUAUGCCUGGUAAUCUUGGCUGAUUGCCAAAUACCACAAAUUUUACCUUGUUGGGUCCUGAGUAUCUUUGUAUUCCUAUGAAUCUUGAGCUUUGUUCUGGGAUGCAGUCAAAUUUUUUGGAAACCACUUUCUUCUAAGUCCUUUAUGAUUUGUUACUCGGGUUUGGAGCAGUGCUCAGUACAGAGCCAAUAAUUAGUGUAGAGCUAAUUAUUCUUCACACUGAGGCAAGACAUUCCUGAGAACUCUAUCCAAUGCCCUGUAAAUUAUAAGUGUUUCUAGUCUGGCUGGAGGUAACAGGCACUUUUUCUGAAUCUCUGAUCUUUUUUAAUGGUUCUUUCUCUGGCCUCAGUAGUUUCAGCACACAUAUGUGUUAAUCAGCACUCUUGAAUAUUUGAGGGAGACAGUAGAUGUUGCCCUUUGGCUUAGCAGACAAAAGUAAACCCACUCACUAUUGAAAAUGGAGUGGCAGAAGUGAUUAAAUAAAGAAGCUUCUAAAAUGUUAGCUGCUUCCCUGUAAGUGAUGAAAUUACAGGCAGUUUUAAUUGUUUCUAUAUUUUCUAAAAUGUCUACAAUAAAUAUGUAUUACAUUCAUUAUUUAGAAAAACACAAUUAGUGUUGUUAAACACAAUAUUGUCAUUUUUGUUUUCUUCAUUUGGGAUUUGUUUUUGUUUUUGUUUUAGCUUGGAUUUGCCUUCACAUACAGACUGUAGGUUUAGUUUGUCCUUAGUUUUGGAAAGGGCAGCCUUUACUAAGAAAUUAGAGCUUCUUUAUUAAGUGAAAACAGAGUCAGGAUUUGGUAAUACAACUGCUGGGGCUUUUAGGAUAGUAUCCAGUAAUUCUAGGGAGGUGGCUGUGUUUACCUUCCCUCCCUUCCCAACUUCUUCAAUAACUCCACCUGCUCCCCUUCCCCAAAGAGUUUUUGCCACAGCAUUUUUAAUAGCAGUGCUUUUGCUUUUGUUUGCUAGGCCAAAGGGCAAUGCAGAAUUAUCAUGCCUCUGUAAUGGAAAUAGAGCCAAAUUUUGCUCACACGUAGACAGCCAAAGACAUACUCUAGAAACAGAAAGCCAGACAGGUAUGAGCCAAACUAACAUGCUUUCAAAUGUUGUUUGAAUGAAGGUCUGGGCUGUGGAGAAAUAAGAAUCAGACAUUUGGUCCUUUGUUUUCUUGGGUUAUUAUAAGUGUUCUUUUCCAUAACUACUGAAUAAUCUGAAGGCCUUUCCGGAGAUAAAUAGUGUUUUCCAAAUGAGGCAGUUCUUUUCAGAAAUUUAUGAGGAACAAACUGAGUUCUGUUCACUUUUGUUAGGCAAACAAUUUACAUUUUAUUAUGAAAAUGAAGUCUGCAAACAAGAUUACUUUAUUAAAUCACCACCUUCUCAGCUGUUCUUCUCUGUGACCUCUUGGAAAAAGCGGUUUUUUAUCCUGUCAAAGAGUGGGGAAAAGAGCUUUAGUCUUUCCUAUUAUAAAGACCAUAUUCAGCGAGGUGCCAUUGAAAUUGAUCAAAAUUCGAGUGUAGAAGUUGGCAUAAGUAGCCAGGAAAAGAUGCAAUCUGUGCAGAAGAUGUUUAAAUGCCACCCUGAAGAGGUCAUGUCCAUCAGAACCACUAACAGGGAAUAUUUCCUCAUUGGCUAUGACAGGGAGAAGAUUAAAGACUGGGUCUCCAUCAUGUCAUCAUUAUGCCGGGAUAUAAAAGCAACACAUCAGAACACAGAGGAGGAACUCUCACCGGGUAAUAAAAGAACUCUCUUCUACCCCAGCCUUCUCCUUGGCCCUUCCAGCACAUCAGAGCCUAUUGGCUCCAGCUCGCCAAGAAACGGUCUCCAAGAUGUGCAUUUAAUGGAAAAAAGUUCUCCAGGACUUAGGCAAGCUCAUCUGCAAGAUUUGUCAUCAGAAACCACUCAAGAUAUGGAGGAAGAGAGUCAUUAUCUUACUCCUCGAAGUGUUCUUUUAGAGUUGGAUAAUGUCAUUGCUUCCAGUGAUUCUGGUGAAUGCAUUGAAACUGAUGGUCCAGACCAGGUCUCUGGAAGAAUCGAGGGUCAUUAUAUGUCAAUGAAAUCCUGUUUUUUCAAAGAGACACCCCGUGAGUCUGUGGAUAGCAGCAAAGAGGAACCCCAGACCCUUCCAGAGACCCAGGAUGGGAGCCUCCACCUGCAAGAACAAGGCUCAGGGGUUGAUUCGUGUCUUCCCCCUGCCAAUACGGAAGCACAGAACACAAAUGGCAAAAAGGGGUCGGCCUCACUAACUAUUGUGCAAUUGUCUAUACUCAUCAAUAACAUCCCUGAUGAAAGCCAAGUGGAGGAACUGAACAUUUUCCUUUCUCCUCCUGAUGUCAUAAACUAUCUUGCUCUCACUGAAGCCGCAGGACGGAUAUGUGUGGCUCAGUGGGAAGGCCCCCCACGUCUGGGAUGCAUAUUUUGCCACGGAGAUCAUCUUUUGGCGGUGAAUGGCCUGAAGCCCCAGAGCCUGGAGGAGGUCUCCUUGUUUCUCGCCCGGUCCAUCCAGAAGGAGAAAAUAAAGCUUACUAUCGGCAGGAUCCCAAAUUCAGAGAAAUUCCAUGCUGCAUCCUGUACAUGUUCCUUAAAAUGCCAAAGUGCUGCACCUUCUCAACUGGAUAAGCCUGGAGUGGCGAGGGCACCAAAGAGGAGUCCCGCCAUUAAAAAGAACCAGCAGAAAGGAGCCGGGGAGUAACACAUCCCAGAGUGGCAGAACAGGAUGGAGCCGGGACUGUCUGACUCCGCCACGCACUGCUGCCUGUAAUAGGAGAUGGUCUGCACGCCCCUCUGAAUUUCUGCAUCUGCAUCUUAACCAUGGGGGUGACUACCCCUCUCUGGCUAUUGCAUCAGAGAUGUUGAGAGGGUCACAUGGAUGACUGGAGAACCCAAGUGAAAUGGAAGCCCUUAUUAUCUCAGCUAUUGUCCCAGACACCACAGACACAGAUUGAAUCAGUCCCUCAUGUAAUACAUCCUGCGUUCUGUGAGGAUGUGGUCCACAGAAUUCCUUCUUUGUUAAGGGAUAUACAGUUCCCAAGGCAAGAUUCCCAAGGGAGAUGUGAUACCUGAUCAGACUUCCCAAACACCUGCCUCUCAUCAACCCCACAGGCCAGAGUGCUGAGACAGAGUGGCCUUUUGGAUUCAAUAAGUAUCUCUUGUUCUCAUAAAGACUUAGCAACUAUUUUAGAGUCAUAGCAGUUUGGGUCAUAUGCAGCCAAUAUCAGCUUGCUCUAUAAGCAAUAACAGAGCUACUUAGCACUUCAAGGUUGAAAGUUCUUUCUUAAUAAUGGAUGCAUUGAUUAAUUGAUCCUGGAAGGGCAAAGGAAUAAAAUCUUUUUUUUUUUUUUUUUUUUU